GCUUAUUUAACGUUUCUAUCUUAAAAUUACAUUUUUUUUUACUACACAUUUAUUGCAAAUUUGAACUAUGUCUGAUCUGAAAAAAGGAAACCGAUUUCAAGCUAAUACUAGUAAUCAAACGGAGCUUGGAAGUACAAGAACAUUAAGAAUCAAACUCAAUGUUCUUCAUCGUACAAUUAAAGAUUUGACAUUUGCGAAAAAGGAAGUUGAACAAGAAACAGAAAGACUUGAGAAGAUUAGAGCAACUGAACCUGACAGAGUUACUCAACAGGAAAAUGUUCUCAAUGAGGCCAAAAUGAUGGUUCCUCAUUCUACAAACCGUAUCAGAACAGCAGCAAAGGACAUUUCUGAUUAUAUAGAUAAGGAGAAGGAAUGUAUCAAUGAUGAGGAGCUACUCACACAGGCGAAAUCUGUACUUAUCGAAGCCGAAAAAGUACUUGACGACAAUUUAUAACAUAUUUUCCGAUUCGAGUUUCAUAGUUGUUAUAGCUUACAGUUAUAGAAGAAGUGACAUCAAUGUUUAACUCUAGCAUAUUCAGUGCAAUCUUAUUUAGCGAAGGCCUUGUUGUAUGACUUUGUCUAUGGCAUGCCUCAAAUAUUUUUACAUUUUAUCUGAUAUUUAGAAUCAAUCAUAACGUAUAAGCAUUUCUAUGUUAUCUUGUUUAAUCGAAGCUAAUGGGUUAAA